AUGGGCCUUGGAAGCCGCAUGUCGAACCUCGUGCGCCGGAUGACGCGUCGGCGCCCGGAGCAGCAGUCGGCCGAGGGUGCCGAUGCCGGUCCCGGAGACACCGGGUCGCGGCGUGGCAGUGACCACGCCGGCAGCGGCCCCCCGGCGGCCGACUUGGCCCCGGGGUCAGAUGGCGGCGGCGCCAAGGCCAUCGGCAGCCCCGGCCCCUCCUUUGGCGGUAGUCCGGGCCCGUCGUCGGCCGAGGGGGCGCUCUCGCCCUCGGGCUCGGUGGCGACCAUGCCCCUCUCGCCGGGGCUGGGGGCCACCGGGUCGAGUGGCGAUGCGCCCGGGCCCGGGUCUUCGGCAUCCUCGCUGUCGCUGAGUGCCGAGCGGCCCGGUGGCGGGGGUGCCCAUGGCGCGGGGCGCACGGUCCCGCGCACGACCGCCGUGACGGGGCCGCCCUCGCCGACGGCGGACGCCGACGCGCGGUCGGCCGGGCGCCGGCACUCCGUGUCGCACCUUGUCGGCCGGAAGCUGUCGAUGCGUCGCAAGAGCACGAUCAGCAUCUCCGGCUCGUCGUCGCUCUCCAUGCGGCGGCAGUCGUCCUCGCAUUUGGAUGCCGCCGGCGGUGGGGGGCUCGACGCGAACUUCGACCUGGGUGACAUUGGGACCCCGCCGCCGGGGGCCCUGCGCCGGGGGGCCUCGCUCCGGCGCAUGUCGCAUGAUCACCAUGCGCGUUCGGUGCACAGCUCCUUCACGAAUUUGCCGGACGCGGUGCCGGCCAACAGCGGCCAGGCCGCCGGCAGCGCCGGGCCAUCCAAGGACUCGGCCUCGAUGAAGCGCCGGCCGAGCCAGGCUUUGGCGUCGGCCGCGGCGGCGGCCUUCGCCGCGGUGGCCAGUGCCGCGGUCCCCGGCGUGACCGGCGGAUCGACGUACUCCUCGAUUUCGACGCCCACGCCGCGGGCCUCCUCCGGUCGGGGGGGUUCCUUCUCCGGCCCGACCGGGGGCAAUGGCGGCGACCGCCGGGCCAGCAUCGCCCCGCCUCGCACCAAGGGCGAUUACAGCCAGUUCCUGCUGGAUCCGCAGGCGGCGGCCGGCGGCAGCCGCGCCACCUCCACGGAGAACUUGCAUUUGGCCGGGCGCCGGGCGUCGACUGCAUCCUCUUCGCAGUUGUCGCUGAGCUCCGGCCCGGGGGCCGCGGCCCCCGGCGGGGGCAGCUCGACCAGCCAGCCCUGCCUGUCGGCCAGCAGCGCCAUUAGCAUCCAGUGUGUCCAACCGCCGGUGACGGCCGCGCCGGUCGGCGGCGGCGCCCCUGGCCCGUCGUCCGACUUGCUGGCCCUGACCGCGACCCCUCCGCUGAUUGCCUCGCCUGGCUACCAGCCGGAGGGGGCGCGCCCGGCCGCCGGCCCUUCCGCCGCCCAGCCAGCCAUCGUCCCUGUCACCGUCUCUUCGGGUCCUGCUGCCAUUGCCCCGGUCACUGACGCCCUGUCGCCUCCCUCCUCUGCCAUGCCGACGUCGCCGGUUUUCGACAGUCCGGCCCUCUGUGCCUCCGAGACCGCAGUUUCAUCCUCCCCCUCUGCCGCGCCCCUUCGUGUGAACACCGCCCCUGCUUCUUCUUCCUGCCUGCCGGAAGAGACCCCGAUCGCCGCCGAGCCCGCUGCCGCCCCCACCACCGAGCAGCCCAGCUUCGUCAACGCCUGUGCCAUCAGCUUCGACAUCACCGACGUCGAGCCCGCCAUCACCGUCGCCCCCCCCGCCGCCGCCGCCGUCGCCGCCGCCACUCCGCCCCCUGCCGAGUCGCCGCCUAGCUCCCCGAGUGCCCCCUCCGCCACCGAAGACAUGUCCGACUACGAGGCCCGCAUGGCCGCCCGUCGCGCUCGCCGCGAGUCCACUCGCGCCGCCCUCCAGGCCCUGAGUGCGUGCUGA